GUUGUCGUCAUCAACUAUCGACGAGCUGACGGGCCGCGAGUGGUUGAAGCUAAGCCAUCUUGUCACCAAAAACAGAAAUGGCACCAUCACCAACAAAACGAAAGGAAGAUGAGAAAACAAAAGAUAGAGGUAAAGAGAAGACUGGUACCAAGGAAGGAGAAAAGGAGAGAGGACGGGAUAAAGUAAGGAAACGUCGCAGCGCCUCUUCUGGCAGCAGCAGCAGCAGAUCUAGCUCAUCAUCCAGCAGCAGCUCUGGUUCCAGCUCUGGUUCCUCAAGUGGAUCCAGCUCCUCUGGUUCUAGCCGCUCCGGGUCUUCAAGCUCUCGAUCAUCUUCUUCUUCGAGCUCUUCGGGCUCUCCAAGCCCCAGCCGCAGGCGCCAUGACAACCGCAGACGCUCCCGCUCGCCCUCUAAAACACAGAAGAGGGGAGAGGACAAGGAACGACGAAAACGAAGCCCCACCCCUAAACCAACCAAGGUUCACUUAGGAAGGCUGACCAGGAACAUAACCAAGGAGCACAUCCAGGAGAUCUUUUCUACUUACGGGAAAAUAAAACAGAUUGAGAUGCAGAUAGAUAGGCUCCACCCACACCUGAGUAAAGGCCGUGCUUAUGUGGAGUUUGAGAACCCCGAGGAGGCUCAGAAGGCCCUCAAACACAUGGACGGAGGUCAGAUAGAUGGACAGGAAAUCACUGCAGCUGCUGUGCUGACUCAGCGGAUCCGUCCUCCGCCUCGUAGACUGUCUCCUCCCCGCAGGAUGCCCCCACCACCACCAAUGUGGCGUCGCAGCCCACCACGCAUGAGGAGAAGGUCUCGCUCCCCAAGGAGGCGGUCCCCGGUACGUCGCCGCUCUCGCUCCAGAUCUCCUGGUCGCAGGCGCCACCGCUCUCGUUCCAGUUCCAACUCCUCUAGAUAAUCAGGUGUCAUACAUUGAAAAACCAACAACAUAAUGUGAUUAUAUAAGUUGUGACACCAGAUCAACUGUAAUUCUUGCUUCCUUAGAUUUCCUGGACUCGUGAGAAACAAAACCAUUUUUCUUGUAGUCAUCUGUCUUUAGGACAGGAGCAAGUGUUGCUUUUUUUUUUCUUAUCUAUUUUGUGCUAAUUUGCUUCUGAAAAGUUCAGUUUUGUGUC